AUGCAUUUGCAUAAUAUUGUGCACAGCUUACUGGCACAAUCUGCCAGAUUCCGGCAAGUUAUUCGGAGACCGGUACAAACUAAGAUGCCUCUUAUUCUGCCCCGUGCAGAUUACUUGAUAAUUCUCUUCGUAUUGGCAUCCGGUUGCGCCGCGAAGAGCAUUCCUGCCUUUGCCGGACCAUACGUUACCAUCGUCGAGAGGGUCCUGUCUUGCGAUGAUGAGGCGGCGAGUGGAAAAUUGAAACUCUAUCUGCGCGCAUCUCACUUUAACCGCUAUAACCCCUCUGAAAGGCAAAACGUUUCUGGGAACGUGACAGUAUUCGAGCCCUUUGAUGAUGCUGUGUGGAUGGAUAUCAGGAUAGACGUUCGAGCUAACAAUGAAUGGAAGAAAAAUGCGUAUGUUUUGAAGUUUCCGAACCAAGGCUGUUCAAGAUUCAGAGCCUUUCUUCCAUCUUUCUUCAAAGUUAUGUACAAAGGUGUCAGCCUGGUUGGUGCUUGUUCAGUGCCUGUGGGAGUGUACGUCUUCGAUGAACCUGUGGAUUGGUCCUUCCCAAACGUUCCGGUUUUCCCUUACGGACACUACCUUGCCACCAUGAACGGCGGAAGGGGAAACCAGAAGAUUAUCAAAAUGUGCAGCCAAUAUGAAUUGCGUAUUAUUCCGAAGUCCUCGUAA